UGGCGCUUCCACCCCCAUGGGCGUUAAACCUAUAAUCAAGGACCUCUCGCUGGCGGCCCCGGUCGUCGUGAUCGCCGAGGAGCUGAGUCCGGCGACGCUCGACGCGCUCGGCCCCGACUUCGAGGUCCGCAAUGUGGACGGAACUGACCGCGCUGCCCUUCUUGCGGCGCUGGCUGACGCGCACGCCGUCCUCGUACGCAGUGCGACACAGAUUGAUGCCGAAGCACUCGCCGCCGCCCCGCACCUCAAGGUCGUGGCGCGCGCCGGCGUCGGCCUCGACAACGUCGACAUCAAGGCCGCGACGCAGGCCGGUGUCAUGGUCGUGAACGCACCCACGUCGAAUAUCAUUUCCGCCGCUGAGCUCACAAUCGGGCACAUCCUUUCGCUCGCGCGCCGCAUCCCCGCCGCGCACGCCUCCCUCGCAGCCGGCGCGUGGAAACGCUCCGCGUACUCGGGCACCGAGCUGUACGAGAAGACGCUCGGCAUCAUCGGUCUUGGGCGGAUCGGCACGCUGAUCGCGACGCGCAUGCAGGCGUUUGGCAUGCGUGUCAUCGCGUACGACCCGUACAUCACCGCGGCACGCAGCCAGCAGCUCGGCGUCGAGAGCAAGACGCUCGAUGACCUGCUCACCGAGGCAGACUUUGUCACGAUCCACAUGCCCAAGACGCCCGAGACGACCGGCAUGAUCUCUUCCGCCCAGUUCAAGCGCAUGAAGAACAGCGCGUGUGUCAUCAACGUCGCGCGUGGCGGCCUCAUCGACGAGAGCGCGCUUUACGAGGCCCUUGAAAGCGGAGAAAUUUCCGGCGCCGGCCUCGACGUGUUCUCCACAGAGCCGCCAACUGGUACUGCCGCGCGCCUCCUCGCCCUGCCCAACGUUGUAGUCACACCUCACCUCGGCGCGUCGACGCACGAGGCGCAGGAGAAGGCGGGCAUCUCGGUCGCCAAAAGCGUGCGCCUCGCGCUGAGCGGUGAAAUCGUGCCGGACGCAGUCAACGUUGCGGGCGGCACGAUCGACCCCUACGUCCGCCCCGGCAUUCCGCUGGUCGAGAAGCUGGGCCAGUUCUUCUCGGCCCUUGCUCGCUCCCCCGUCACUGCUCUCGACGUGGAGGUGCACGGCGAGCUGAGCGCGUACCCCGUCGAGAUCCUCAAGCUGGCCGCGCUCAAGGGCGUGUUCACAAACAUCGUCAGCGAGUCGGUGUCGUACGUCAAUGCACCGCUGCUUGCGCAGAGCCGCGGCAUCGAUGUCCGCCUCGUCGUCGACGACCACACCGACGAGUAUCGUAACGUUAUCACGCUGUCUGGCACGCUAGCGGACGGGAGCACAAUCAGUGUCAGCGGCACGUGCACGGGCCCCAAGCAGACGGAGAAGCUCGUCGGCAUCAACGGCUUCACGCUCGAGAUCCCCUUCGAGCGCCACCACUUGGUCAUGAUCUACCGCGACCGGCCCGGUAUCGUCGCCGUGUACGGCGCCAAGCUCGGCGAGAUGGACAUCAACAUCAACGGCAUGCAGAUUUCGCGUGUUGCCGCCGGCGGCCGCGCGCUCAGUGUGCUCACCGUCGACAGCCCGCUCAGCGACGAGCUGAUUGAGGUCCUCCGCGCCGCGAUUGCGGCUGACACGCUGCGCCAGAUCGAGAUCACGGAGGCGUAGCGUGUUGGCGUGACUUCCUGGGAGGGAGGUAAAUGGGAAAGCAAAGGAGUGAAGAUAGUGCUGGUUAUGGCGAAGAUGGCUCAGUGGCGAGCAGUUCAGUUGUAUAUCGUUUGGUUCUUAUGCAUCGGCCCACAGGCUGGGCUAAUGGCUCCUGG